GCGGGGGCAGAGGCGGGGGCGGUGCCGCUGUGGCCCGUGGAGCCGCGAGUGGGCGGGUGUGUCCGCGGGGCCAUGCGAGGGGCGGCGAGGACGGUUCGGGGCGGCGUCCCCCGCACAAAGCCCGGUCCCGCUCGCGGCCCGGCGGCGGCGGCGACCCCGGCCCCCCUGGUGCGCCGGGGCCCGGGAAGGCCGCGCUCCCGGAACGGCCUCGCCUCCCCGGGCCAGCGACGAGCGGCGACCCCGGGGCCGGAGGACGGAGCUCCGCCUUCCGGGGACCCCGCCCUUCUCCAGCCGAGGGGGCUCCCGCAGGAGGCUGUAGGGACAGGAAAUGGCCCCCGAGUCACGUCCCAGAGCGCGGUGACGUUUGGGGAUGUGGACGUCGCUUUCUCCCAGGAGGAGUGGGGCCGGCUGAGCUGCGCCCAGAAGGCCCUGUACAGAGACGUGAUGCUGGAGAACUACCGGAACCUGGUGUCGCUGGGGCUCUGCCACUCUAAGCCCGAUGUGAUCUCCUCCUUGGAGCAGAGGACAGAGCCCUGCAUGGCCGAGAACUGGCUGACAGGAAGCUGGUGCCCAGGCGGGAAGGCAGUGCCCACGGAGGAAGGGCCGUGUGAGGAACAGCUGUCCAGACCAGCGCUGCUGCACAGACGGGCCGGCUGCCGCCUGCAGGGCCCCGGGCAGGGGCAGCGCUGGGAUGGCGAGGCUCUGCUCGAGAGGCAGCUGGACUUGGCGACCAGCACGCGGGUGGCCAGCGACUCCUCCCAGCAGCCCGGCCUGGCUCAGGGGAGUUUCCCUAAGGAUGUGACGCGGGGGAGCCCGGACCUGGAGGCAGGAUGCUGUGUGUCCCGGCCGCAGUGGCCUUCUCGGCUGCAUCGCGGGAGGGAGCCCUGGCUGGCGAAGAGUGAGCUGGCGGGAGGCCUCUUCUCAGGCCAACAAUCUGUACAUGAGACCCAGGAAUUAUUUCCAAAGAAGGAUUUAUUUGCUGAUGUGCUAACAGACAGAACUUUAAGCACUAAUCUGGAAUGUCCAACUUUCAGAGAAAAUUGGGAUUCUGAGGGUGUGUUUGAAAGGAAGCUGGUAGGCCGGGAGACACAAUUCAGGCAAGAAACAGUCACUAAUAGCAAAACCCUCUCUAAAGAAAGAGAGCGUGCGUAUAACAAAUCUGGAAGAUGGUUCCCUUUGGACGUUUCAGAUGAGAGAGUUCAUAACCAUGAUUCAGUUAAGAAAAGUUUCCCCCAAAAUACAGUGGUGAUAAAACAUACAGGAAUCUGCACAGGAAAAAAACUUUUCAAAUGUAAUGAAUGUAAGAAAACUUUUACCCAGAGCUCAUCUCUUACUGUUCACCAGAGAAUUCACACUGGAGAGAAACCCUAUAAAUGUAACGAGUGUGGAAAGGCCUUUAGCGAUGGCUCAUCCUUUGCCCGACAUCAAAGAUGUCACACUGGCAAGAAGCCCUACGAAUGCAUUGACUGUGGGAAAGCCUUCAUACAGAACACAUCCCUUAUUCGUCACUGGAGAUACUAUCACACUGGGGAGAAACCCUUUGAAUGCAUCAACUGUGGGAAAGCCUUCAGUGACCACAUAGGACUUAAUCAACACAGGAGAAUUCAUACUGGAGAGAAACCCUACAAAUGUGAUGUGUGCGACAAGUCCUUCAGAUAUGGCUCAUCCCUUACUGUUCAUCAAAGGGUUCAUACUGGAGAGAAACCGUAUGAAUGUGAUGUUUGUCGAAAAGCUUUCAGCCAUCAUGCAUCCCUCACUCAACAUCAAAGAGUGCAUUCUGGAGAGAAACCUUUUAAGUGCAAAGAAUGUGGGAAAGCUUUUAGGCAAAAUAUACACCUUGCUAGUCACUUGAGAAUUCACACUGGAGAGAAGCCCUUUGAGUGUGGGGAAUGUGGCAAAUCCUUCAGCAUCAGUUCACAGCUCGCCACUCACCACAGAAUUCACACUGGAGAAAAGCCCUAUGGGUGUAAAGUUUGCAGUAAAGCCUUCACCCAGAAGGCUCACCUCGCACAGCAUCAGAAAACUCAUACGGGAGAGAAGCCAUAUGAGUGCAAGGAAUGCGGGAAAGCCUUCAGCCAGACCACACACCUCAUUCAGCAUCAGAGAAUUCAUACCGGAGAGAAGCCCUAUAAAUGUGUCGAGUGCGGGAAGGCCUUUGGUGAUAACUCCUCCUGUACUCAACAUCAGCGGCUUCACACGGGCCAGCGGCCUUAUGAAUGUAUUGAGUGUGGAAAGGCAUUUAAGACAAAGUCAUCCCUGAUUUGUCAUCGCAGAAGUCACACCGGAGAGAGACCGUAUGAGUGCACUGUCUGUGGCAAAGCCUUUAGCCAUCGCCAGUCCCUUAGCGUGCAUCAGCGGAUUCAUUCCGGAAAGAAACCGUAUGAAUGCAAGGAGUGUAGGAAAACCUUCAUCCAGAUUGGACACCUCAAUCAACACAAGCGAGUCCACACCGGAGAGCGGGCCUAUAACUACAAGAAAAGCAGGAAAGUCUUCAGGCAGAGCACACACUUCGCUCAUCAGCGAGUUCAUGCCGGAGAGUCAACCGCACGCCCCUCCUUACCUUCCACAUCAAAUCCUGUGGAUCUUUUCCCCAGAUAUCUCUGGAACCCAUCCUCGCUCCCAUCACCAUAAUCUCAGUAUCGCUCUUCCAGCUAGACUACUCCAGUAGUGUAUAGACUGGUCUCUGCUCUUUUGUUUUUGUCCUCGACAAGGUUGUUUUUCACAUGGCAGUCAGGGUGAUGUGGGUGUGAAUGUAACUCGCUCACUUCUGAUGUAAAAACUUGCGUUGAGGUCCUCUAAACUGGUUACUACCUAAGAGGUCCUAGAACAGUGCCUCAUCCACACAAAGUGUGAGUGACUUUAGCUCCUUUAAAACAUUAUUUUGGGACAUUGAAGCAUUGCCAUAGUUAGCUCUGAAUAAAAAUGGUGCCUAACACAAGACCAGGCGGAACAAGGUUUUAGAUUGGGAAGAUGAGUUUGGGGAAGUCCAUGGAGCUUUGCCUAUGUCGCUUUAAAACUUGAUUCCAUUUUGCUGAGUUCGUGUUGUGGGUUUCCACCUUAUCUGCAUAAAUGUAAGGUGCACUUGGUGACAAAAUUUAGCUUCACAUCUGACAACAGUCUUAGGAAGUGUGCAGGGAAUAUGGAUGAGUAGGCCACCUGGAACAAUCAGAAAACGCAAGUUUUAUAUGAAUGAAGCUAAAACUACAGACAUGUUACUCGAGAAUUAGAAAAUUUGGCAAGAUUUGAUCUAUUGAAAGUCACCUGGACUCAUGAAUGAGUUCUCUUAAACUUUCAAGGAACCAUUAACCUGAGGUAUACUCAUCAAGAGUAGGGGUCAGCAGCUCUCGCUGACUUGGCUCAUUGGAAAAAGUGUCAGCCUGAGGAUUGAAGGGUGCCGGGUUUGAUUCUGGUCAAGGGCCCGUACCUGCAGACUUGAUCCCUGCACCUGGUCAGGGCUCAUGUGGGAGGCAACCUAUCAAUGUGUCUCUCUCACAUCAUUGUUUCUCCCCCUCCCUUCCACUCUCUAAAAACCAAAGGGAAAAUAUCCUCAGGUGAGGAUUAACAAGAAAAAAAGAGUAGGGGUGAGCAAACUGACUCAUGGCCAAAGUCUCACUGGCUGUUUUUUAUGGCCCAUGACCUAAAUUUUUAAAACAUGUUUAAAUGGUUGGACAAGUUAAGAGAAUAAUAUUUUAUGACAACAUGACUAUUAUAUGAAAUUUACAUUUCAGUGUCUGUAAAUAAAGUUUUAUUGGCUCACAGCCACACAUUUUUAUUUUUUUACAUAUUGCCUUUGGCUGCUUUCAUUCUACAAGGUCAGAGUUGAGUACCUGCAACAUACAAAAUACAGCCUGCAUAACCUCAAAUAUUUACAAUCCUUUUACAGAAAAAGUUUGACCACCCCUGCUCUAGCACAGAGAAGUAAUAUACAAAAGGUUCUAAUUAUUUCUUCAAGGAAAAUACAACUUUUACAUCAACAUGAAAACUGUUAAGCAACUUCAAAUAGAGGUGAUGGGAAACUAUUAAACCAUAUUGAACAAUAUAAAAUGUGAAUAAAAAAAUAUAUUUUUUCUAGAUGAAACACUGGAUACUAUUAAAAUAUUUGUAAAGUGUUUUUCUCAACAGAGUCCCAGUAGGAUAUGUUUAUUUUGACAGUUUUUUUAAAACCACACAAGGAAAGAUAAUUUGUCAAGUAUAGCCAGACAUUUUAGCAAUAAGUUUCUUUGCAUUUGAAAUUUUAUAAAAAGACUGGUUUUUAAUGUUGGAGAAAUGAUGUUUGACAGUCCGUUGUCUACUCUCCAAAAAAAAAACAAAAAACUCAAAAAAACAAAAUUUACACCUUCCAGGGGAAUGUAAUACAAUUGUAUAUAAUACAGUUGUAUUUAUUUAGCAGAACAUGGAGUCUUGAACACAUUGGUAGAGAGUCAAGUUGGCCCAAAUAAAGAUGUAAAACUUCAGCAUUGAGAAAGGCACCAAAAAGGUAUAAAAGACAAUUGAUAGAAAAUAUAUACAACUUAUAUGGGAAAACCAACAACAAAUUAUGUCAUUUAGGAACAAAGUGCUAUUAUAUAUACAAAGCAAUGGGAAGAAGUUGACAGUGUAUACCAACAGGCCUGUCACAGUUGAAGAAUUCACAUGAACCAAGAAAAUUUGGGAAGUUCUUAGCCAUUACAAAUUAAAACAAAUUGGCCUCUCAGAUGGGUCAAAAUCUAGAAUUUGGAUACCAUCCAGCACUGGUAUCAGUGGGGAGAACAGGCACUUGUUCAUCAUUAGCUGUGUAAGUGAGUCUCAUAUCUUUUUGGAAAGUAACACAACAAGACUUAUCAACAUGAACGUGCAUUUCUCUUGAAACUCAUUCUAGAUCUGUUAAUGUUAUCUUUUUGGAAUAAAUAGGGAGAUGUAAGUAAUAUUUAUGGCAGAUUGUUUUAAUUAUGACAAAAAGGAUUUCGGUGUCCAGCCAAGCAGAUUAAAUUGUAAUUAUUCAGUCCUGUAUUGUCCAGUAAGUAUUAAAAGGUUAAGCUCUAGCCCUAACCGGUUUGGCUCAGUGGAUAGAGCGUCAGCCUGUGGACUGAAGGGCCCCAGGUUCGAUUCCAGUCAAGGGCAUGUACCUUGGUUGUGGGCACAUCCCCAGUAGGGGGUGUGCAGGAGGCAGCUGAUCAAUGUUUCUCUCUCAUCAAUGUUUCUAACUUUCUAUCCCUCUCCCUCUCUGUAAAAAAAUCAAUAAAUUAAAAAAUAAAAAAAUGAAUAAAAUAAAAGGUUAAGCUCU